AUGAGUUUAAUUGAUUUACCAAAGUUAUCAAAUAUUCCAGCAACAACUAAUUAUUUUCAAUCAUUACAACAAUUAGAAAUAACUAAAACAUAUAUUUCUGAGUUACAUUUAUCAAACUUAACUAAUUUACUAACUUUAAGAAUUGCAGCGAACUCAAUAUUGAAGACAAUUGAUAUUGCACAUAUGCCUCAGUUAAAUUAUAUUGAUAUUGAAUAUAAUGGUGAAUUGUUAACAUUAAAACUUGAAAAUUUACCUUCAUUACAAACGUUAACAAUUGUAUCAAAUACAAAACUGAUUUCAUUAGAUAUGGAAAAUUUACCUAUUAUUCGAACAAUAUCAGUAACCGAUAGUGCACAAUUGAAAACAAUUAAUUUAAAAAAAUUAGACACAUUAAGCAGUUUCGAAUUAAGUUCAUUGGGAAACUUAAAAUCGAUUUCGUUUAAUAGUGCUCGAUCACUAAAUAAUAUUAGUAUUAAUUCAAGUCCUUUAUUGAAAAAUAUUUGA